AUGGUUCGAGAACUUCUCGAUGAAUCAUGGGAUGUUGUGCAGCAAAAAGAUACCACAGAUCCCAGCUAUUUACCCGAUGUGAAUAGUGUUUUGGAUCAUGUUUUGAAUGGCACUCAACAAAAUAUGUUAAAUUUGGAUGAAAUACCAGGAGUUAUAAUGCAACUCUUUGUUGCGGCAUUUGAAACUACAUCUACCACAUUAUUUUUGGUACUCUCGAUGCUGGCCAUGCAUCCGGAGUAUCAGGAACUGGCCUAUGAAGAAAUAAUGGGCAUUUUAACGGAUGAUGAUGAUAGCGAAAUGACGGUGGAAAAGGUGGAUCAAUUGACUUAUUUAGAAAUGGUAUUCAAUGAGACAAUGCGUCUUUUACCCGUAGUACCGAUGGUGUUUCGAAAAGUAUCAAAUGGGGAUGUAACUCUCAGCAAUGGCAUGACAUUACCGGUUGGUCAAAUUAUUAGUAUUGACAUUUUUCGCUUGCAUCGCAGUAAAGCUAUUUGGGGUCCCGAGGCGAAUGCAUUUAAUCCCGAUAAUUUUUUGCCUUCAAAUGUCAGCGCACGUCAUCCAUUCUCAUUUAUACCAUUUACUAGAGGUCACAGAAUGUGUAUUGGUUGGAGAUAUGCCACAUUAUUUUCGAAAAUAACACUGGCAAAACUAAUAAAAAAGUACAAAUUUUCGACAGAUUUUAAAUACAAAGAUUUAGAAUUUGUGAAUCAUAUUUCAUUAAAAAUGGUGGAACAACCGCAACUGCAUCUUGAAAGAAGAUAA